AACAAUGGGGUAGUAGGAAGGGCUAGCCAACUCCGACACGAUCAAUACGCGCCAGCCAGACGCACGGAUUACGCAUGUAGUACGCGACGGGUGUCAAAUUAAAAGUCUUGUCAAGAAACUGGACAAUGCUCCCAAGUUUUGCGUUUAUAACUUCGUAAUAUCGUCGUAACAUGCAUUUCGAUAUGUGACAUGACGAUGAACUUUACAGCUGUCAGACAUAGAUAAAGAUUUUUAGCGACGUUUUGUGAUUUGUUGACGAAAAAGAUCCGGACCAACGACGUCUGCUGCUGAUGCGACCAGUGGGAUUUGUCUCUACCGUAUCCACCUCUCGUCUCUCGCAGCAGCCUCCCCGCGAAUGAAUGCCAAAGCUUCGGGUAAAAUCGUCACAAAAAGGACUCCAUGUCUUUCUUGGACUGUUCCUGCAUCUCCCACGCUCAGGUCCAGCCCAUGGACAUAGAGGAGUGCUAUGAAGACACCAGCCACCAGUUCCUGAGCUCGGACGGAUCUGAAUUCACCCUCCAAGGGCCGGCAGGGGGCGAUGACGUCACGGGGCUGUCGGCGGAACCGGCCCACUACCAAAUACUGGCUGAGCUUGGGAGGGGCUUUAAUAACCUGAGCCUGGUGCACAUGGGCAGACACAUCCCCACGGGGCAGUUAGUGGCUUUAAAACAAACCAACCUGGACGAGUGCACAGAAGAGGAGCUGCUACAACUUAUGAAUGAAGUUUUGCUGUCUCGACUUUUUCGCCAUCCAAACCUUCUCACGUCUCGCCUCGUCUUCAGCUCCUCGUGUCAGCUCUGGGUCCUCUCCCCGCUCAUGUCCUACGGCUCUGCAGACUCUUUGCUGAGAACCUAUUUCCCUGAUGGUAUGAGCGAGUCUUUAAUCGCAUAUCUGCUGUUUGGAGUGCUCAAGGCUCUGGAAUACCUCCACAAAAUGGGCUACGUUCACCGGGGGGUUAAAGCCAGUCACAUCCUGCUGUCUGGAGAGGGCCGUGUGUACCUCUCCGGUCUGCACAGUGCCUACAGUAUGAUGAGGGAGGGCAAAAGGCAGAGGGUGGUCUACGAUAUGCCCCACCACAGCCCCGCACUACUGCCCUGGCUCAGUCCGGAGCUACUCAGACAGGACUUGCACGGUUAUGGAGUGAAGUCAGACAUCUACAGUUUGGGGAUUGUUGCCUGUGAACUGGUCAGUGGAAGGGUGCCUUUUCAAGACAUGCCGCCAACUCAGAUGCUCCUUCAGAAGUUGCGUGGCUCUCACUGCUGCCUGCUCGACGUCGCCCCCUUCCCUCUGGGGGAGCUGGGCGGGCUGAAGGUCUCUCGCUCUGGGGUGGACUCUGGGAUAGGGGAGAGCGUCGCCACCGGCUCCAUGACCCACAGUGCCACAGCGCCCCCCACAGACCGACCACAGAGCCCCGGGCCCAAAAACCACUCUGCCACUCUGCACAACCUGGUCCAGCAGUGUCUCCAGCAGCAGCCUGAGAGGAGACCCUCUGCAACCACUCUGCUGAGCCAUGCCUUUUUUAAGCAGGUGAAGAGACACACGCGGGACUCCUUCCUCAGCCUCAUGUACCCCGCUGUGCCGCUCACCAACCCGGACGAGCCCCCCGUCUCCAGCCCCCCAAUCCCAUCAUGCAAUUCACCAACCACUCCAUCUGAAACCACUGACGCCAUAUGGGACUUCUCCUAAAAAACUCACCAAAAAGAUCCCCAAAAUCAUGAAGCAGAAGCCAAAAAAGACUAAAAACGCAAUUUUGAGGCCUGAUUUUACUGUGCUGUUAUAACACUACAUUAAGAGCCAACUUGAGCCUUUAUUAUAGUUUUUUUUAUUCUUUUGUAUGUUAUUGACAAGGGAGUUUUUGACUGUGAAAGCGCUGGAUCAAAAAGGCUGUUCUUGAUAUCAUUAAUAAUAUAAUAGACUGACUGUAAUUAUAAUCUUGUACUUCCUACCUAAACAAAAAUGCAACUUUACGUGAAGAAAAAACACUACUUGGAACAAUAUUUUAAAUAGGAAUGCACCACCAUAUAAGGUGUGUCUAGAAAUGUCACUUCUUCACAUCUAAAUCAGGGAUGUAACAGCAACUUUGAAGGUGUAGUCUGUAAUUUUUCUGGCCCAUCAAAUGCUUUUCUCCAUGGAGAUGCCAUUGCUUUGUCUGGAAUGUUCCACAGUAUGGCAUUAAACCUUUCUGUCUUCAUGGAAACCAAACCAGACCAAGUUACAGGUCGGAUCUGUGGAGAUUCAACCCCGCUCACAGUCAAAGUGUUUGUUUUUCUAGGUAUUUUUGAGCUUUAAAACCACCUGUAAUUGAAUAAAUGUAAGGUAAAGCUGUUUAAAGUCAUACUGUGGAACAUUGCAGGCAGACACGCGGGUGAUGGACCCCCCAACCAAAAUGUUACACAGUACACCUUUAAUGUCAUAUUGCAAAAUCAAGUCUUGCAACAAUAUAUGGACUAUGCAUAUGACAUUAAAUGCAAAAAAAGCAGAGGGAACUACAUUGACCAUGAUCCUUUGCUCUUUGCUCUUUGCUCUUUUCAAUGGAGCCAACUUUAAGAAAAGACAGUCUCUUACUACUUGAAAAUUGUAAUCCUUGUAAGGUGCACUGCAUGACUUCUAAGGUGGAGGGUCAGCUACUUGCUUGUCUCCGUGGCGAUGUUAUUUCUUUGCUUGGAAUGUCCCAAAGUAGGGCAUUAAACAUAUCUCCCUUACACUUGUUAAAUUACAAGUGUUUUAUAGCUCAAAAAUACCUUAAAAAACAUGAAUUCUUACCAUGUGCAGGCUCGCUUCUCCGCAGAUCUGACCGUAUUUCUAUACUGUGGAAUAAUCAAUGCAAAACAGUUAUAUCUCCAUGGAGACAAGCAGGUAGAAAAGUCACAUAGUGCAUCUUUAAAAUAUGACUGUAAUAAUCAUCACUAAAUGUUUGUUGCAUAUUUUUUUAAACAAUAUUGCAACAAAACCUUAAAAUGUGGAUAGUGUUACAUCCCUAAUUUAACGUCUGUUUGAUUGGACACUAUGUUAAUUUUAAAGGUACACUACGGAGCUUUUCUAGUGACACAGUAG